GCAUUAUAAUUCAAGAACAGUUAAAUUUACCAGGACGAAGCAUGCAAAUUCAUGGUCAUCUACUUCCAAAAAGUGAUACAAACUUUUUGUAUCAAAAAUGUCCCAUUCUUUUCGAUUAACGAAACUUUUACCUCGAUUCCUUAGAAACGACAAGCAAAAUUCGAAUAGGGCAAGUGAAUCAAAAAGUGGACCAGUCUGUAAAGUUAUAUUUUUGGAUGAAACAGAUCAAUUAUUUCCUUUUAAGAGUAGUCACAAGGGACUUUCUCUCCUUGAUAAAGUGUUUUCGUAUCUUAAUCUAGAAGAAAAAGAUUAUUUUGGACUGCGAUAUCUUGAUACCUCAGACCAAACUCAUUGGUUAGAUCCAUUCAAAUCAUUAUCAUCACAGUUAAAAUUGUGCAAUACUCCAUACACAUUAUAUUUUGGUGUCAAGUUUUACCCAGCAGACCCAUGUAAAGUCAGAGAAGAAAUAACAAGAUACCAGUUUUUCCUGCAAGUAAAAAGAGAUAUCCUUCAGGGGAGAUUACCCCUGACUUUUGAUGAAGCCACAGAAUUGUUUGCCUAUGCAGUUCAAUCUGAGCUUGGUGACUAUGAUCCUCAGAGAUAUUCCACAGGAUAUAUAUCCGAGUUUAGAUUUGUGCCAAAUCAAACAGAAGAGCUUGAAGAAAGAAUAUCUGCUUGUCAUCGGAGACUAGUGGGCCUAGUUCCGACAUCAGCUGAGUAUAAAUUUUUAGACAAAGUGAAAUGGUAUGAUAUGUAUGGUGUUGACCUUCAUCCAGUAUUGGGUGAAGGCAAUCAAGAGUAUUUUUUAGGGCUAACUCCUACGGGUAUUGUGGUGUAUAAAAAUAAAACUAAAGUGGGGAACUACUUCUGGCCAAGGAUAACCAAAGUUACCUUUAAACAUAAAAUAUUUAUAAUAAAAGUCAAAGAUAAGAACAGUGAAGAGCACACUUAUGCCUUUGAGUUAGGAACUAAGGCAGCAUGUAAACAUUUGUGGAAAUGUUGUGUGGAACAUCAUGCAUUCUUCAGACUAAACCAAGUGGCAGAUGCAUUAUCUAUAUCAGGAAAACACUUCAGGUCAAGCUCUAGAAGGAGUAAAAGUGGGCGCCAAUCAAGAGACACACAGUCAGAAUCAGGACGAUCCCAGCCUGAUGUACCAAGAGCACAUAGUAAACGUUACCCUAGAAGGACAACUUCAGAUUCAAGACUAAGUUCUCAGCUUUCUUCAGAUGGAUUACCAUAUAUGCAAAAUGACAGAUCUGUUUCCAUGGUAGCAGCUCCAGAAUAUGUCAAAGGGCCUAGACAUAGAUCUUUACCAGAAUUACAUGGUUCUCCAAAGAGUACCAGGUCUGCUCCAUGGGAAGUGAACACAGAUGUUGGAUUAUACACCUCUGGUCGGGAUUCCCCUGUUUCUAUGUAUAGUGAUGCUAAUAAGUUUCCUAAAAAGUCACAAGGUCAAGGUAGUGAUACAGAAAGUGGCCACAGGAGAAAAUAUUUUCCUAAAAAUAAGGGAUCAGAUAAUGAAAGUGAUGUGUCCUUUUCUCGAAGAAUAAGAAGAGAAGUAGAUAGUGGCAGUGAAUCUGAUGUCUCGCCUGUCCGGUCUAGGCAUAGACGUCCUAAAAGUUCAGGAGACUGGUUUGAAUCUCAAUGGAAAGAUGCCAUGGAAGGAUACUAUCCAAAUAAAGAAACGCACAUGAAUGGGUCCAUACCCUCUAUUAACUCAGCUCCUGCAGGAGAAGCCAAGAGAAGAAGGAGAAGGAGAACUAAAUCUCCAGGAACAACUAAACGACCUCCAGAAGAACUGAGAGAACAUUUCAAGUAUAACUUGGUUGACACAGAAGGAAUGUCAGUAGAACAACUAAGAGAUAUACCAUUUACACAAGUAGAAACCAAAGCAGAACCUUUCAAGGUGAAAUAUUCUCCAAAUACUAGACAAAGAUACAGAUCUCCUAAAAGAAAAAGCUAUGGGGAACCAGACCACAAUGCUAAUCUACCUCAGAGUUCUGGUGAGGCUGAAUUACCUCCCCCUUACUCCUCCUUGUUACAGGAGGCAGGACAGAAACAUUACUACAGUGAUACUAACUCUUACAGUAACCAGAGAAAUCCAAUGUAUGACCAGAGAGAUAGAUCUAAGGGUUUUAAGCCUUGGUUCCCAGAUUCAAUAUCUCUAGCGUCUUACGAUACUGUACUGAGCCGUGAUGAGGCAAAUAAUUCUGAUCAGACAUCUAACAGUAAUAACACAGAUCAGAGGACAGGAACACCUGGACAGAAUUACAGAAGCAAUGUUAUGAACAUAAGAAGUACAGAACAGAAAGCUCAAGGUCAACAACAGCAGCAGACAGGAAGAAGCACACCACAACAAACAGCAGACACACAGACAAACAUACAAACAAACAACGAGGCAGUAUCAGAGGAGUCGGACAGUGUAUUUGAAUCUAAUACUACUAACAGACAAGGACCAUUUCCCCAGUCAGAUGAGAGAACUAUUAGACAACCAUUGCCUAGAUCAAAUGAAAGAACUGCAUUCAGUCCUGUUAAUCAGAACAGUAAUUACCAGACCAACUCAAAUCAACACAGACAGGAUCAGUACAGAACUGGGUUAUCUCCCAUCGGUAGGACGGAGUUAUCUCCCAUGAACAAUCAGGAUUACAGGCAAACACCAAAUAAUCAGUCUAAUGGAUAUCAGGGCUAUAAUCAGGGGAAACAAACUUCAUAUACAAACUAUUCUAACAGACCUCUUCCAGAAAGACCAAAUGAAUCUUCUAUGGCAGACAGGACCUCUAGAAGUUCUGGUACCCCUGAAAGACCAAUGACUAGAGGUUCAGUAACCCCUGAACGACCAAUGACUAGAGGUUCAGUAACCCCUGAACGACCAAUGACUAGAGGGUCAUCAGGUACACCAGAGAGACAAGCAAGAAAUUCAGGUACACCAGAAAGGCCAACAAGAAAUCAAGGGACUCCGGAGAGGCCUAUGUCUAGAGGGUAUGGAACACCUGAUAGACAGACGAGAAAUCCAGGGACUCCAGAGAGGCCUAUGUCUAGAGGGUACGGACCUCCAGAAAGAACAUCUCAAGGAAUGGCAUAUAGUCAAACAAAUCAAGGCAGAUCUGUUGAUAGAGGGAAUUAUAACACAUACAAUAGAGAGCGUUCCCCAGGUAGUACAGCAAAUCAGACUACAAUUAGACAGAAUUUUAACAAUGUAAAUAAAUUUGGUAACGAUGAUAAAUCUCAGGAAUACUCACAGAAAUUUUCUCCUUCAGUUAAAAACACUGGUGUGACUACUGAUUCAAAUUACUCAUAUCAAAGAACCCCCGAUCGUAAUCAACCCUCAUCAAAUGUUUAUAGUCAUGGAUAUGGAACUCAAGAAAGCAUUAAAAAGUUGUACAGUUCACCAAAAGAUUCUCGGGGCAUGUAUGCUACACAAGAUAGUAUACGAAGAAUGUAUAAUAGUCCAAAUGAUUCAAACUAUCGACCAAACCCUCCGUCAGUUAGGGGACAUAAUCCAAAUUCACAAAUGCAUCCAUCGUCUCAACAGUAUCAUCCUUCAUAUUCACCAACUAAAAAUCGGCAAGAUUCCCACAGAACUAUGACUCAUGAAAGAAUCGACCCUAGUGUCCUGAAUCAACCAAAAACAUCAAAAGGACGUGAUCUCUGGACAGAAAUAUGAAAUCCUCUGAUAACCCAAAAGUUCAUGAGGAAAUCUGUAAGACUCACGAAUCUGCAGACCAAAACAUUGUUUACUUAGUAAUACAAUAGACUGCACUGGAAAGGAUUGUCACUAGUAUUCUUUACUUACCAACCGCAAAGAAUUGUUAAAAAGGGAGAUCGGUACACAAAAAUUGACAUAUAUUAUCAAUUAUAGAAAAUCUCAAGAUUGCAGUCAUAUGCCUUACAUUUAUAAUAAAGCAGAUUUGAAGACUGAGCAUAGUCAAAUGAAAUAGAGAAAUAGUUUUAAAUAAAACAAUAUGUAAAACAGUACUUAUCCCAUACAUCCAUAUAUGUUUGAGAAAAAAUAUAUGUUCAUCUAAGACUACAGCCUUAUUUUUCAGUUUUAAUGGCUUGGAAGGUCAUUAUGACCUUCUGUUUGAUACAAAAUGUAUUGUGUAGUUAGUUUAGUAAUUUGAGGAUAGAUAUCAUUUUUGCAGUUCUGUUUUUAGACAGAUACACACAAAAAGUAAAAACAUUCCACUUUUAUCGUUUAUUGUAUUAAGAUGUUUAUCUAAUUUCUUCUCUAGUGAGAU